ACCGUACCCGGAAAUGAAAUGUGAGAUCAGUUGGGAAGGGAAGCGAUAGCAAUAAACUCGGUGAACAGGAAGUUUGUGUGCAGUUAUUUUGGAGUUUGUGCCGGCAUAUGGUGCUACUGACUGCAGUGCUACUGCGUAAACCUGCAACUGCCGCCCAGCGGUGUUUGUAUUAAAAUUCUUGGCAUUAAAUUAAAAAGGUUUCUGACAAAAGUGAUGUCACUGGUUGAACUGCACAGGACAUAACUAGGAAGACUUUGGUUAUUCCAACUCAAGAACUUUUCUAUUCGAGGACAAAUUAUGGAAUCGGAGGAUCAGAGCGAUCGGAGGAUGAGAUUAAAAGAAGGCUUCCUAGUGAAAAAGGGACACGUAAGAACAAAUUGGCGUACGAGAUGGUUUGUGUUGUUCAAGGAUGCGCUGGCUUACUACAAGAAGAAAGAUGAUGAGUAUGCUGCAGGAGCUGUCAUACUUAGGGGAUGCUCAGUACUCUCGCCAUGUCCACAGUACAAGAAGAAAGAGGGUGUAUUCCAGGUAUCAGCCCGCGAUGGUAUGGAGCUCUUGAUGCAAGCAUCCAAUGAGACAGAGCGAGAUGAAUGGGUGAAGGCCAUUGGUGAUGCAAUCAGGGUAUGCAGUAGCGUCGGUGGUGAGAACGGACAUCAGCCGGAACUCUCAGAAGCACAAGUCAAACGCAACAAGGACAUUAUACAAGCUAUGCAAGAUCCAGACGCUGGUAUCAAACUGAAAACCAAGACGUUGGACGGGACGGAAUACAAACACUGCUUUACAGGGCAGGAACUGGUGGAUUGGCUCCUCAAGUGGUCUUUUGCUGAAGUUAGGAAUCAUGCGGUUGGCAUAGGAACUGACCUGGUAACUGCAGCCCACUUGCAGCCCUUAGCCAGGUGUCGAACCCUAUCCAACUGCCAAAAAUCCUUGCUGGACGAACCAAGGGCUUUCUACAAAUUCUCAGCAUUCCACAUGUCUGCCAUCAAAGCCCUGAUUCCAUCCAGUAGCGACUCAGACUCCAGCCACGAUUCCGACGCUGAAGCCAAGCCCAGAAGCAUGUCUGCUGCCUCCCUCAAGUCAUUGAAGGGUCACGGGGGGAAAGCGGUCAAGCAGGGAUUCAUGAUGAAACGGGGACAUUUGAGGCAUACAUGGAAAGCCAGGCUAUUUGUGUUAUGGGAUGAACCUCCAUACCUGACAUAUUAUAGAGGCUCAAAGGUCGGUGAGGAGAAACCUCUAGGUGAGAUUUCACUACGAUGGUGCAAAGUGGACAUUGUGGAUGCCAGUCGAGAACAGCCAGAUAUCUCCUUGAAGAACAAGCGGAGACAGAACCUGUUCAGUGUUACGACAGAGAAGGGUAAGACGUACGUGAUGCAAGUAGGAAGCCCAGAGGAGCGGACUGAAUGGAUGCGAGCAAUCAUGAGUCCUAGCGAUAUCACUCAUCAUGCAUCUGAACAAGACAAGAAAAAGUAACCAUCUGUUCAAAGCAUAGACAUCUUAACCACUUGCUGCCGGGAUUAUUGUUGGCCUCAAACACAAGUUUUUAAAAAAGACAGAUAUCGUUUUUUUAAUUGUUAAAACGCCACAAAAACUGACUCUUGAGAGUCAUUUGUAUAUUUGUAUGAUACUUCUCACCGUAACUUCAUAUUUUGCAACACUCCAAGGCCCCGCCAUGGAGCGAUAUUUGCUACAACGACAGGCCAUGCACAGGGGCCAAGUUCAAGUUCAAAACACGGUGUGUACAAAACCACAGACGUGUAUACACUGUCCAACGCCGAAGACUCGGGAAAGCUUGACGAUUUGACCCACGAUUUGACCCGCCCCUGCGAAUAUACAUUACCAGAUUGUGUUUACACGCCCUCCGGCAUUAACAGGGUGAGUAAACCUAGACCUGACUAGCCCUGAAUUUUCUAACCCCAAAUCUGAACGCACAUAGAACAUGAACCAGUACAGUACAUUAUGCGCACGCUGUGUGUCCCGUCCAUGGAGCGCUCAAAAGAGGUAAAAACGCGCCCUCUUUUGUUGGCGCACGGAGCUCAUAGUAUGACACUCUUCAUGAAGGAUAGGAUGCUCGGUUUGGGGCGCAUCAGGUCUAGGUUCAGUGUCUGUGGUCAAAACCAUAGUCCCUGAACUGCCCCA